AUGCCUGUGACUUGUACUAACGAUUGCAAUCGAAGAGCAAAAUUAAAAAGGCCCAAAACGGCUGAAAAAUUAUGCUUAGAAUGUUUCUAUCAGGCGUUUGAAGACGAAAUCCAUCGUACUAUAGUCAAUAAUAAAUUAUUUCAGCCUGGGGAGUCUGUUGCUGUUGGAGCUUCUGGAGGAAAAGAUUCUACUGUGUUGGCCUACGUUCUAAAGUUACUAAAUGAAAGACACAAUUAUGGAAUCAAUUUAGUUUUACUCUCGGUGGAUGAGGGUAUCACUGGAUAUAGAGAUGAUUCGCUUGAGACAGUCAAACGCAAUCAGCAGCAAUAUCAGUUACCCUUGAAAAUUGUAUCUUAUGAGGAGCUUUAUGGAUGGACCAUGGAUGCAAUUGUACAGAAAAUUGGCAUGAAAAACAACUGUACUUUCUGUGGUGUUUUUCGUAGGCAAGCUCUUGAUCGGGGUGCCAUGCUUGUAAAAGCAGAUAAAAUCGUCACAGGUCAUAACGCCGACGAUGUUGCUGAAACCGUAUUAAUGAAUGUUUUGAGAGGCGAUAUUGCAAGACUUCGAAGAUGUACAGCGAUCAUGACAGGGACUGAAGGAGCACUUCCCAGAUGCAAACCUUUUAAAUAUACUUACGAAAAGGAAAUCGUUAUGUAUGCAUAUUUUAAAAAAUUAGACUAUUUUUCCACCGAAUGUGUUUAUUCACCAAAUGCUUAUAGAGGCUACGCUAGGGCUUAUUUGAAAGACUUGGAAUCUAUUCGUCCAUCUUCGAUUGUUGAUAUAAUUCACUCUGGAGAAAGAAUGUCCAUUAAAAAGGAAGUUAAAAUGCCAGAACAAGGAACUUGCUCAAAAUGCGGCUAUAUUUCUAGUCAAAGCAUAUGUAAAGCCUGUGUUAUGUUGGAAAGUCUAAAUCGUGGACUUCCUAAAUUAGCCAUAGGGAAAACACAUAAGGCCAAGGUAGUGACAAUAUGUAGUAAUGCAUUCCAGCGAAUAAUUUACAGAUUUAAAAUAUUCCAUGAAUUGGAACGCGAUGAAAUAAAAUUUGUUUGA